AUGAACACGAACGUAAAGCGCCUCCGCAAGGAGCUGCAGGAGCUCAAGAAGAACCCGGAGGAGGACAUGGUGCUGUACCCUGAGGAGGACACCAUAAUGCGCUGGAAGGCCUUUAUUCGCGGCCCCAAAGACACCCCGUUUGAGGACCGCUGCUUCGAGCUGGCGAUCCAAACCACGCCGCUGUACCCCAUGGAGCCGCCCAAGAUGAAGUUCGUCACCAAGAUCUUCCACCCCAAUGUGCACUUCAAGGACGGUAGCAUCUGUCUGGACAUUCUUAAACGUGAGUGGUCUCCCGCGUGGACCUUGAGGGCUGCGUGUUUGGCCGUGAUUUCGUUGCUGUCGGACCCAGCGGCUGACUCGCCCCUCAACUGCGACGCCGGGAACAUGAUUCGUGCGGGUGACAUGCUGGCGUACAACACUAUGGCCGAGAUGUACAAGAAAGAGUACGGACUACUGGAGCUUCCCAAGGAUCCGUUCUAA